GGUAGUCACUGAUUGAUUGCCUUAUGCGCCGUCAUGAACAUGACAGACGGUGCUAUUGGCUUAUUGCCGCGAUGGAUGGCCUGGAACGGAACCAAACCAUGUCUCUGCGCUCCUGUUUCGUAGUGGACGAUCAUCUAUCAAAUCCAUGGCCCAGCGUCUAUAAGAGCAGACGAUCCCAUCGACAAACAAACCAUCCACCCACCCUCAUCGACAAGAACGAGCCUGGUCCACGCCAUCAUGCUCUCCUCCGCCUCCUCCACCACCACCGCCCUGGCGCUUCUGCUGGCCAGCGUCCUCCCCCAGGCCGCCCUGGCCCACUACAACUUUGAGCGCCUCAUCGUCAACGGCGAGGCCACCGACCCCUACGAAUACGUCCGCUCGACCACCAACUCCAACUCGCCCAUUCAGGAAGUCACAUCGCCCAACAUGAUCUGCAACCAGGGCGGCAACGACGCCGCCAUUCGCGCCCGCACAAAGACCUACGAGCUCGCCGCCGGCAGCGAGGUCGGCUUCGACAUCAACUCGGAACUCGGCCACCCGGGGCCCCUCUACGUCUACAUGAGCCGCGCCCCGGACGGCGUCGAACUCUCCGACUACCAGGGCGACGGCGACUGGUUCAAGGUCUACGCCCUCACCACCAGUCACAUUGAGACCGAUACGGGUCUGUACUGGGCCACCUUUCCCGGCAGCCAGGGCGGCGCUCAGAACUUCACCUUCACCCUCCCCGAGGACCUGCCCACGGGCAACUACCUCAUGCGCGGCGAGCACAUUGCUCUGCACGGCGCCGGCAGCGUCGGUGGCGCCCAGUUCUACAUGGGCUGCGCACAGCUCGCCGUCACGGGCGGCGGCAGCGGCACGCCGGGCCCCACGGUCAAGUUCCCUGGUGCGUACGCCGAGGACGACCCUGGUGUCUUGAUUGGCAUCUACUGGCCACCUCCCCAGGAAUACAUCUCGCCCGGUCCUCCCGUGUGGCCUGGUGAGUGUGAGGACCAUACGCUUAACAGCUGGGGGCAGGACAGCGAUGGUGACUGCAACCCCAUGGCGCAGUAAAGGGUGCUAUGGGGCGGACGGGGCUGUACAUACCAGAGAUGAUGAUGCAUGUAUAUAC